AUGUCAACGACAUUAGCAUCGCGAUUAAAGGACGAGCUUUCAUCGCGCUACUCGCUCAUUCCAUCAGAUCAAUGGCUUAACGCUUUCCUGUCAACUAUACACAAUACAUCACAACCACUACCCGCAUUGACGUCAACCGCUCAAUUCCGUCUUGUCCUAACAGACUUCACAACUAGCCUUUCACCUGUGCAAAGACAGGUCCUUACAGCAGGUAUACAGAACCGAGAAGUCAAGGAACAAACGCUGGUUACAGAUGUACCUGUCCAAGUGCUCGACAUACAAGACACCAGCACUUCCAAGUGGUCGCAAAUUGAAGCAAUUGAGCGGGUUGAGCGUGGCGAAGAGAUACGUGGCCGUGAGGUGAUUCGAAAUGUUCCGGGGAUCGUUGAUGAGGAUUCAAGCACUGUAACUGCUGCGACUGAAGACCAGAGCUCGAGUAACACCAAUACCGGCCCUUCUUCAGCAUCGAGUCGAUCUGGCAAUACGGCUCGCAAGGGUUCCACUGGACCGCAUAAGCUCCUGCUACAAGAUGCCGCAGGUACAAAGGUCUGGGCAUUCGAGUUGUCACGCAUCGAGAGGAUUACUAUCGUUAAUCAGGAUCCGCCACUACCGGGAUCAGCUGGAGUUUCAUCUAUGAUUCCUAGGGUUGUGGAGGGCAUGCAGAUUGGAUGCAAGCUCUUACUUAAGAAGGGCACGAAAGUAAGACGAGGCAUGGUCAUGUUAACUUUGAUUCAGACUACUGUCAUAGGUGGGAAAGUUGAAACCUGGGAUCAGAAGUGGAGAGAAGGGAGGAAAGCUAGACUUCGACAGGACUUGGAGUCAGAAUCUAAUGGUUGA